GUUGGGACGUCUGGCUUUUUUCAUUACGAAAUAACUAAUUUUCUCGCAAUUAAUUCGUAUUUGUGUGUUAAAUAAGUGAACACAAAACCUACGUUUCAUUUGUAAUCUAUAAAUAAUUGUGUGAAGUGUUUGUGCUACCCCAAUUCGUCUGUAAAAAUGUCUAAACGUGGAAGGUUUGGGGACGAUGAAGACAACCCACCCACACCAUCAGAUGACUCAGAGUUUGAUGAUGAUGAAGAUCCAGACAAUUUGGAAGUGCCAGGUGGUGGCAAAACCUUGGCAGCAGCUGCGCAGAUGGGAAACAAAGUCAAAGUGUCUUCAGGGCCUCCCACUAUCACUAUCAAACCAACUACCAAUCCACUUGCCGCUGCUUCAGGAUUGGCGUUCGGUCAGGCGUCAAAUGUGAAACCUAUCAAGAUACAGGCUAGUCAACUACAGAAACCAAUUAAUAUUGGACUUGGACGCGGCGCUGGAGCGGGCCCAGUGGCGCCCCCAGCGUCCCAUUACGCGGCGGGCUCCUCUGCCGCGUACAACGCUGCCUCGCUACUCGCUCAGAUGGAGAUGGUGGGUAUGCAGGGCAUGAACACGUUCCUGCUGCAAAAUCUGAACCAAAUCUUGGCAUCUGGGAUGGGCGCUCCGCUCGCCGGUAUGCUGGGUCAGUUUGCACAGCUGCCGCAAUGGAAUCAACCUAAACCUGGACUGUGGCAGGUGGACAAGGUGAGCGGUGCUGAACGGGUAGUGACCACGGAUUUUGUCCUCCAAUUCAGGAUAGUAAAUGAUUUUUGUCGAAUUCCAGUAAAACUCGGUCGCAAGCACCCGGAUCCGGUAGUAGAAACGGCGUCGCUGUCGUCGGUGGAGCCGGUAGACGUGACGUACAAGACGAGCCUUCCCGACGAAACCAUCCGCAACGGGCUGCUUUCCGCGCUGCAGCUGGAGGCCGUCGUGUACGCCUCGCAGGCGCACGAGCACAUGCUGCCCGACGGCACCAGGGCCGGCUUCCUCAUCGGCGACGGUGCCGGUGUAGGCAAAGGUCGUACCAUAGCGGGAAUAAUAUUCGAAAACUACAUAAAGGGUCGCAAGCGUGCCAUCUGGAUCUCGGUCUCAAACGAUCUCAAAUACGACGCCGAACGCGACCUGCGCGACAUCGGCGCCGGCAAGAUAGAGGUUCAUCCGCUCAACAAGUUCAAAUACGCGAAGCUGUCGUCCGCGGUGAACGGCAACGUGAAGAAGGGCGUGGUGUUCGCGACGUACUCGGCGCUGAUUGGCGAGACACAGUCCACCGCUACCAAGUACCGCACGCGCCUCAAGCAGCUUCUGCAGUGGUGCGGGGAGGACUUCGAUGGAUGCAUUGUAUUCGACGAGUGUCACAAGGCCAAAAACUUGUGCCCAGUUGGUUCGGGCAAAGCGACAAAGACUGGUCUGACAGCUCUGGAACUCCAGAACAAGUUGCCCAAAGCCCGUGUGGUGUACGCCUCGGCCACUGGCGCUUCGGAACCGAGGAAUAUGGCGUAUAUGGUCCGGCUUGGCAUCUGGGGAGAGGGGACUCCAUUCCCCACUUUCAUGGACUUUAUUAACGCUGUCGAGAAGAGAGGCGUCGGCGCGAUGGAGAUCGUGGCGAUGGACAUGAAGCUACGAGGCAUGUACAUCGCGCGGCAGCUCUCCUUCCACGGCGUCACCUUCAAGAUCGAGGAGGUCCCGCUCUCAGACUCCUUCAAGGAGACUUACGACAAAUCUGUCGCUUUGUGGGUGGAGGCCAUGCAGCGGUUCACGGAGGCAGCGGAGCUGAUCGACGCGGAGUCGCGCAUGAAGAAGACCAUGUGGGGGCAGUUCUGGUCUGCGCACCAGCGUUUCUUCAAGUACCUCUGCAUUGCUGCCAAGGUGAACCACGCGGUGGUGGUGGCGCGCGAGGCGGUGAAGUGCGGCAAGUGCGUGGUGAUGGGGCUGCAGUCCACGGGCGAGGCGCGCACGCUCGACCAGCUGGAGCGCGACGACGGCGAGCUCACCGACUUCGUCUCCACCGCCAAAGGCGUAUUCCAAACACUAGUGGAGAAGCAUUUUCCGGCUCCUGACCGAAAUCGUAUCAACCGCUUACUCGGUCUCGAGGCGCCUAAGGCCAAACCCGCGGCACCACUGGUGCCCCUCGUGCCCCUCAACGGCAUACAUUCCAACGAGGACCCGAAUACAUCCAAGAGGAAACUGACAGCGAGACAGCAGGCGAACGUGGCGGCGAAGCGCGCGCGCGGCGGCUCGUCCUCGGACGAAUUCGUGCGCGGCUCCGAGGACGAACUGGAACUCGACUCGGACGAGGAACGGCGCCACGCCUCCGACUCCGAACUUAGCGAUUUCAACCCCUUCCACGGCGGCAGCGACAGCGAUGAUGAUCCGUGGGUGGGGCGACAGAAGAAAAUGAAACCAGCGAAAAAGAAGAAGGCGGUCGCAAAGAAGAAGCCGUCGACGACGCAGGACAAGAUCGAGACGAUGUUCGAGCGCAAGAGCAGCGCGCCCACGCCGCAGACGGUGACGGUGACCGCGCCCGGCGGACACAGUCUCACCGGCACGCCUGUCGGCACCAACGGGCUCUACCUCGGUCCAGCCCGUGCCGCGCCACCGCCGCGGUCUGCGAUCGAACGUGCGUGCAGCAUGAAGGAGGAGCUGCUGCUGGCCAUCGAGCGGCUCGGCAAGCGCCUGCCGCCGAACACGCUCGACCAGCUCGUCGACGAACUCGGCGGCACCGAGAACGUCGCCGAGGUAGCUACUAUUCCACUACCGAACGUUUGCCUUGCGAAACUGUUUAAGAGGCGCACGGCGCUGGAGGCGGUGAUGCGCGCGAUAAUGAAGUACGAGCAGCCGCUGGUGGCGCCGCCGGCCGACUACAACGGGGACUUCUUCCAGGAUGUGGCCUCGGCGCUCGUCGGCGUCGGCCUCAUCGUCAACAACGAGAGCACGCCCGGCGUGCUAUCGCUCGACAAGGAUUACAAUAACAUGUCCAAGUUCCUGAAUAGGAUAUUGGGAAUGCCGGUAGAACUUCAAAAUAGGCUUUUCAAGUACUUCACCGACACCCUCGCAGCGGUCAUGGAGCAAGCCAAGCGCAGCGGCCGCUUCGACCUCGGCAUCCUGGACCUGGGCAGCGCGGGCGAGCUGGUGCGGCGCGUGCGCUGCCUGCGCUUCCUGCGCCGCCACGCCACCGGCCGCGCGCCCGUCGAGCUGCACACCGUGCACUCCGAGCGCGGUAUGGACUGGACAGAAGCGCUAGAGAAAUGGUCGGAGCUGACCGGCCCGAAGGAAGGCUUCUACCUGUCGCAGCAAGCCCGCAACAACAAGUACACGGCCGUGCUGUGCGUGGCCGUCAGACCCACCGGAAAGAAGGAGAAGCUCACUAAAAAGGAACAAAUGUUCCAGCUGUACAGGCCAAACACCGGCUCGCAACUGCGGCACGAGUCCCUGGCGGAGGUCGAGAAGAAGUACAAGAAGGCCAGCAGCGAGGAGGCGGAGCUGUCGUGGCGCGCGCAGUACGACGCGUCGCUGCGCGUGUGCUCGCACGCCUACUGGAAGUCGUCCUGCCGUAACGCCGCCGACUGCGAGGUGGGCCUGCGCCGGCGCACCUACCACGUGCUGGCGGGGUCGGUGCUGGCCGUGUGGGCGCGCGUCGAGGCCGUGCUGGCGGCGCGCAGCCAGCUCAACAAGAUGCAGGUGGUGCGCAUCAAGACCGACGACGGGCUGAAGAUCGUCGGCACGCUCAUCCCCAAGAACUGCGUGGAGCCGCUCAAGGAGGCGCUGUCGGCCGACGCCGUCUCCGUCAGCGAGCAGACCUUCGACUCCAUCGACGCGCUCAAGUGAGCGCGCGCCGCCCGCGCACUCACCAGUUCCUCUCUCUCUUGUUUUACGCUUCGGCUCGGGCCGGCUCGGGCCGGCUCGGCCGAGGCGCUCGCCGCCGGAGGGCGUGUACUGGCCCGUCCGCUCUGCGAUUGGCGCUCGGGCGCGUUUGGUAAGGGUCGCGAGUAAGUGUGAAUAGAGAAAUAGCUUUUGUACGAAACCGGAGAGUAUACGCCCUUUUAGCGAAUAGUUUAGGAACGGCCCGAACCGCCCGCGGGUGCGGCUCUCGAACGUAGUCAAUUACGGACGCGACGCGACUGAUUUGUCUUAAAACUUUCGCACGCUAUUGGACCGCGAUCGGCUUAAAUUUAGUCCUGUAUUCUCGUGUUACAAUCCCGGACCGGCAGCGUGCGGAACUCGCUCCCCGAUUUCCGAAUGUUUCAUUCAUAAAAUAAUCGCAACGUAGAUAAAGAUACAUUAUUAUUCAUGUACUUUUACGGCCCAAGAACGGACGGUACGGACUGACAAUGUUGCAGUUCCCUUAUUUUCUGAAGCGUGGAGACGAAACCGAUUUGGGAAUUGACCCUUGUAAGCCAAAACCCAUAAUCAAUAACAUGUAACCAAAGGCCUAGUAUGGUGUGAAAGACGUAUUAAGUUUGUAGAUACUCUUUUUGUCUCCGCGCCACUGCAUUAAGUGACUCAUUUAGUGUUAGGUGUACGUAUAACGGGCGUUCGGAAAGGGGGCCAGUACAUACAGUACGGCAUAUCUUAAGCAAUUUACUAUUAGUCUGCAGAAAGUGAUCUAUCUAUGCUGUUGCAUAAACUAAUAUUUAGGACCCUACGGUUUUAGUUAUUUAUCUAUUUUACUUGAUUAUUUGUUACAAUAAAUUUUUUAAUAGUUUUAGGACAAUAAUACGAGUUGAUUGUGAUUCUUAUAUUUAGUUUGACGGACGACGAAAGCGCAUCCAUACUUGGUUUCGUAAUUGAAAAGUAUACGAAAUAAUCAAAUUUUAAUUUUUGUACAAAUGUCACUGACCCUUGUUUUUAUUUAAUUUCUUAUGUUAAUGUAGUUGAAUUGUUCAAUGUUUACAUCAAAACUUAUGUUUUACCUAAACAUGCUGGUAUUCCAAAUAUACACUUUUACAUUCAGACUAUACUACUAGAUAUACACGUUUUAAUUCAAAUAUCGUGUAAGUGCAAUACUUUUCAAAUUAAAAAAAAAAUAUUUUUGCCAUUAUCAAAUUGAUUGUAAGUAGACUAGCACGUGUAAAAUGGUUAUUAGACUAAACGUGAUUCUAUAUUACAUUAUGUAGCCCCGAAGAUACAUCAUUGUUUAGUUGUAUGUAGGCUUCUCAGAGAGAUAAAACCUAUAUGUUAAAUGUUAGCAUCGAUGUUCGUGCAUCGAUGAGUGUUACAGGAAUCAAUCACUGAUAUCAUUAAAAUAUUCAAAUUCUAUGUCAUGCUCACGCUCCCAUCUCUUCUCGACG